AAUCGUUUGGACGGAAAGAAGAAAAUACGGCAAAUUUUCAGACUCGUUAAAAAUAUUUUAAAUAGAAAUUUUACAAAUAUAAUUUUAAAACAUGUCUACUAUUUUUAAUGUAUUUAACAAUAUGAAUGAAAAUAGAUUGUCAACAACAGAACACUUGAAAGAAACAAAAUCAAUAAAUCAAACAGGUGGUAUUAUAGCUAAAUCAUUUGACCAUUGCAAACCAAAAGGUCUAUCAAUAAGAUCUAAGUCUGAGCAGAAUAUUCCAACAACUAGCAAUACAAUGACUUUUAAGAAGGAUAAUAGCAACAAUUCAUUUUUUUCAAAGAAUGAAUUGCCUAAUAAACAAUUACUUUAUGUGACCAAUGAAUUUCCAAAAGUAGAAUCAUUUGAAUUUAAUAAAGAGAAAAUUAUUGAAAAAAACAUUUUCAAAGAACCAUAUAUAGAAGAGAAAGAAAAAAGAAGGAUAUUUCCAGAACCCGAAGUUUUAGCACCAUAUUAUGAUCCAGAAUUAGAAUUAGAUGAUUAUAAUAUUGAUUUAGAAAAUGAAUUUAGCAAAUGUAUGUUGCAUGUACGAGAUGAUAUGGAUGAAGGAUUUGGAUCAGAACCAGAGGAACUUUCCUACCAUGAAAUACCAAAACUUGAACUAUCUAUGCACUUUUCUAACUAUGAAUUUGAGAGGUGUGGGUCUCCUGAUUUGCCAGAAAUAUCUGACGACGAAACUUUCUGAUUAUGAUGACUGAAAACAUUUAAUCUUAAAGAAUUGUGAUACAAUAACAUUUCUAUCAAUUUAUCUGUUAUUCAUAUCAUCAAUAACAAAUUUCAUUUGGUUUAAAACAUCAGAUUAUUAUAGAUCAUUUAAUUAAUAUAAAAUAAUAUAAUUUUAAUUUCUUUUUUUACUUUAAGCUGUAGACAUA